AUGGCUUGUUACUUCUCAAUAACUGUUUCUUAUGGUUCUGGAUGGAAGAGAAGUCGAUAUAGCUUGUUUGGGUGGAACAUGGGUAAGCCUAAACUUGAUGAAGACCCAAGACCAAAGAUGAAGUACCAUGAAACUACUGAUAUGCCAUUUCUACCUUCUCUUCUGGACAAAACAUUCUUAAGAGGUAGGGAACUCAAAUGCUGCUACAAGGCAACCAUUGACGGAUUUAAUGCAGCUGAUUUCCACAACUGCUGUGAUUUCAAGGGGCCUUGUCCCAUAAUUGGCUACACAAACAAGUCCAAGUUUGGUGUCAACCCUGAAGGAUAUAGGAGCACAGAUGAUUACUAUGACAGUUUUGAUAGUAAUGAGAAAACUGAUGAGCCUAUUAUUCUGCCCAAAGUAGGAGGUAGUGGUGCAGACCUUUUUUAUUAUGCCCGGGGCGGGCCACAAUUUGGCACUGAUGGGUUGCUCAUUGGCCCACCUCUAGUGCCGGUUAUGGGUCGGUUUGCUGAGGAUACUAAUUUAGGUAUUGGUGAUUCAAGGCAAGCCAAAUCCAUAUUAGGAUUGUCAUAUGCAAAGAGAAAAGGUGGAAAGGAGUCUCUAUUUGGAGAUGAGAAUGGAGCAACCCUUGAAGAAGUAGAGGUUUAUUGUAGUCCUCAAAUUGCAAGCUUGUACCAAACUAAUGUAGUUGCAUAA